UAUAAAAUGUAAUUUGCUUACAUUAUGUGCACAUAUGCAAGAUAUGCUACUUGCCAAAACAUAGCACUUGACAGAUUGCAACAGUGAUGCCGAUGUCUCGCUUAGUGAAUAUAGGCCAGCAUACAUUUUUUGCCACACUUUCGAGCCAACGAAAACGCCUAUUGUAAACAACACUACAGAAGACAUAAUUCAAAAAUAAGCAUUUAACUUAAGGCUGUUUACACAGAAGACAUAGGUCAAAAAUAAGCAUUUAAUUUAAGGCUGUUUAUUUACAAUUCUGAAGAAAAAAAUUACGGCUACUAAUGGUGUGCUUUUUUUAUACAUGAAUUCACUUUAUGUAUAAUAAACGACACACGGUAUAAACGAUUUCUAAUCCCGUUUUAAAGAUUAAAAAGAUAGAUUUUGUGGAUCACAAAAGUUUUUAUUGUUUCAGGUUGAGCCCGCAAAUAUAAAAGAGUAACUAGCAUCAAUAUUAAUCAUUUAAGUGAUUAAAAGCAAAUAUUUUUUAAAAAGAUAAAGGAAAUAUCGAAGCCUAACAUGGCCUUAAGCAAUCAAAAACUUUUUUCGCAAAUUUUCAAUAAUGCAACUAUUUUCGGACAACUUGCACGUGUAGCCGAUGGAAUGAAUUAUUUCAUCUUUAAAUGUUUGACGAAAUGUUUGAAGGUGUAUUGAAACAUGUUUGCAAUUGUAAGCAGUCAAAUUGUAGCGAUUUGUUGUUUCGGGAAACAGUGCACCUACUUCCAAUUAUGAUGAUUUUGAUAUAAAUCUAAUUUUGUUUGUACAAUUAUUGAUUUCGAGUUUUUUAAGUUUAAAAUAGAUUCAUUUAAUAUGGCUGCAGAUGAUACAGAGCCUGUAUCUGCAAAAAAACCUGAUCAAGAUGUAGCUUUCCUUAAAUAUAUUGAAAUGAAUAAUUUUAAAUCGUAUCGUGGACUUGUUGUGGUGGGACCAUUAAAGCAGUUUACUGCUGUAAUAGGACCAAACGGAUCAGGAAAGUCUAAUUUUAUGGAUGCUAUUAGUUUUGUUAUGGGAGAAAAAACUUCUAGUCUGCGUGUCAAACGUCUCACUGAUCUUAUACAUGGUUCAUCAAUAUUAAAACCAGUGUCAAGAACCUGUUCAGUAACUGCGAAAUUUGUUAUUAAUGAUGAAAACUAUUUAAAUUUCCAGCGUGCUGUUGUAAAUGGUUCCUCCGAGUACAGAAUAAAUGGAGAAAAUGUCAUCGCAAGUGUAUAUUUAGAAAAAUUAGAAAAAAUGGGAAUAAAUGUUAAAGCAAAAAAUUUUUUAGUUUUUCAAGGUGCAGUAGAAAAUAUUGCAAUGAAAACUCCUAAAGAACGUACUGCUUUAUUCGAAGAAAUUAGUGGAUCUGGUCUGCUAAAAGAUGAUUAUAACCGAUUAAAACAAGAAAUGUGCAGUGCAGAAGAGGAAACACAAUUUACUUAUCAAAAAAAAAAGGGAAUUGCUGCAGAAAGAAAGGAAGCUAAACAUGAAAAAAUGGAAGCAGAGAGAUAUACACGUCUUAAAAAUGAAUAUAAUGAAAAACAAGUUGAAUAUCAACUUUUUAAAUUAUUUUAUGUGGAAAAAGAAAUACAAAAACUUAGAGAUGAAUUAGUAGAAAAACAACAGGAAAUUAAGAUAGUUGAAUCACGAAAAGAACAUGCUGAUGAAAUACUUCGUGAUAAAAAAAAGGAAGCUGGCAAAAUAAGUCGCGAAUUAGCAAAAAUAGACCAGGAAAUUCGUGAAUUUGAAACACAAACGAAUAAAAAGCGGCCUUUAUUUAUCAAAGCCAAAGAAAAAGUAGCUCAUUGUCAAAAGAAACUAAAUUCUUUGCACAAAACAUUGGAAACUUCACGCGAAGCAGAUCAUUCUCAUCAACAAGAUAUAGUGAAAUUGGAAAAACAGCUUGCGGAUGCAGAGUUAAUGAAAAAGCGGUAUGAAGAUGAAAUUGGAAAUGACUCACAGAGACGUGGUAAAAGCGUACAUAUGGAAGAAGGAUUAGUUCAAGAAUAUGAUCGGCUUAAACAGGAGGCAGAAGCAACUGCAACACAAUAUCGAUCCCAAUUAGAUUCUGUCAAUCGAGAACAAAAAUCUGAUCAGGAUAUGCAUGAUGGCGAAGCCAAUCGUAAAGCAUCAGUUGAAGAGAGUCUCAAAAAAAUUACUCUUCAACGAGAAGAAGCGGUUAAACGACGAGAUAAGCUUAUGGAUCACAUUAAAUCUUCUCAAACAGCUUUAGAGGAACAAAAUCGUAUUAAAGAAGAACUGAGACGUGAUGUUGGUAGCUCUAAAGAAAAAAUUGCAGAGAAGCAACGUGAAUUAGAAAAUGUUCGUGAUCAGCUUGGUGAUGCAAAGAGUGAUAAACAUGAAGAUGCUAGAAGAAAGAAAAAGCAAGAAGUAGUAGAGUUAUUCAAAAAGCAAGUUCCUGGUGUUUACGAUCGUAUGAUCAAUAUGUGUCAGCCAACACAUAAGAGGUACAAUGUUGCUGUUACUAAGGUACUUGGAAAAUAUAUGGAAGCGAUAAUAGUAGAUACUGAAAAAACUGCGAGACAUUGCAUUCAAAUAUUAAAGGAACAAAUGCUUGAGGUAGAAACUUUUUUACCAUUGGAUUACUUACAAGUUAAACCACUUAAAGAGCGUCUUAGGACUAUUGCUGAACCGCGUAACGUGAAACUAGUUUUUGAUGUUUUGAAAUUUGAACCAGCAGAGAUAGAACGUGCGGUACUUUUUGCUACAAAUAAUGCCUUAGUAUGUGAAACUCCUGAAGAUGCAAUGAAAGUGGCUUAUGAAAUUGAUAGAUCACGCUUUGAUGCUCUCGCUUUAGAUGGUACAUUUUAUCAAAAAUCUGGUAUAAUUUCAGGAGGUAGUCAUGAUUUAGCUCGUAAAGCAAAACGAUGGGAUGAAAAGCAUAUGGCACAAUUAAAAAUGCUUAAAGAAAAGAUAAAUGAGGAAUUGAAAGAACUUGUUAAAAAGUCACGUAAACAAAGUGAAUUAGCUACUGUUGAAUCACAAAUAAAGGGUUUAGAAAAUCGUCUAAAAUACAGUCUAGUCGAUUUGGAAUCAUCGAAAAAAUCAAUACAUCAAUUUGAUGCUCAAUUACAACAAGUUCAAUACCAGUUAAAUGAGUUUGAUCCAAAAAUAACUGAAAUUGAAAGGCGUAUGUUGAAACGUGAUCUUCAAAUACAAGAAAUCACAGAAAACAUGAACAACGUCGAGGAUAAGGUUUUUUCAUCAUUUUGCAACCGAUUAGGAGUAAAAAAUAUUCGACAGUAUGAGGAACGAGAAUUAAUAAUGCAACAAGAGCGGGCGCGAAAACGUGCAGAAUUUGAACAGCAAAUUGAUGCCAUUAACACACAACUGGAUUUUGAGAAACAAAAAGAUACAAAAAAAAACGUAGAGAGAUGGGAACGAGCUGUGAAAGAUGAGGAAAUUGCUUUGGAGAGUGUUAAAGCUGCUGAAAAACGCUAUAUAAACGAAAUUGAGGAGGAUAAAGAAAAAAUGGAAAAAAUGAAACAACAAAAACAAUCCAAAAAGUUAAUGGGUGAUGAUAUGGAGGAAGAGAUAUCAAAAGCACGUCGUGAUGUUGCAAAUUUGGCGAAAGAAAUACAUAAUUUAUGUAGCCAAGUUUCAACAAUGGAAACUAAAAUUGAAACUAAAAAGAAUGAACGUCAUAAUAUACUAUUGCAAUCAAAGAUGGACUGUAUAAUGAUACCAUUGUUAAAUGGGUCUUUGGAUGACGCUGUAAGAAAUAAUGAUACGGACGCAACGAAUGUGACUUCCUCUUCACUUAUUUUAGAACGGGAAAAUCAAAUUGAGAUCAAUUACCAAAGUUUGUCGCGUGAAAUUCUUAACAUAAAAGAUGAUAGUUCAUUCAAGAAAAUGAAUGACAGUCUACAAAAAGAAAUACAGAAUAAACUAGAUACUCUUAAUCGUAUUCAGACACCAAAUAUGAAAGCAAUGCAAAAACUCGAUCGUGUAACAGAGAAAGUUCAGUCGACAAAUGAAGAGUUUGAAAAUGCCCGCCGAAAAGCAAAGAAAGCAAAAGCAGUAUUUGAAAAAGUUAAAAACGAACGUGCAUCAAAAUUUAUUCAAUGCAGCACACAUAUAUCUGAGGCAAUAGACGGAAUUUACAAAAAACUUGCUCGCAACGAAGCAGCACAAGCCUACUUAGGUCCAGAUAAUCCUGAAGAGCCUUAUUUGGAUGGUAUAAACUAUAACUGCGUAGCACCUGGCAAACGUUUUCAACCCAUGAGUAACUUAAGUGGUGGGGAAAAAACAAUUGCUGCUUUGGCGUUACUAUUUUCUAUUCAUAAUUAUCAACCAGCACCUUUUUUUGUGCUAGAUGAAAUUGAUGCCGCUCUUGACAAUACAAAUAUUGGAAAAGUUGCUUCAUAUAUCCGCGACCACACAACAAAUUUGCAGACGAUUGUAAUAUCUCUAAAAGAGGAGUUUUAUGGUCACGCCGAUUGUUUAGUAGGGAUAACACCGGCUGAAGGUGACUGUUUAAUAUCAAAUGUUUACAUUUUCGAUUUAACAAAAUUUGAUGACAAAUAGGUUAUUCAUAAAUGAUAUAUAAAAGCUUUAGUUUUAUAGUAAUUGUCCAAAGUAAAAUUAAAUAUUAAUAUAUAGUACAUUAUUGUGUUAAUUAUACACAAUUAUACAAUAAUACACAAAUACUAAGUGUUCACUUUCAAAAUAUCAUAAAUUCAAAAAUAGUCUAAGAAAUGGAGAAAAAUGUUAUGGAAGAGCUAAUUUUCAAUAUUAAUCAAGAUAUGCUAAGUAAAAUAUCGUAUUAUUCAGUCAAGUUUCAAUAUUAUAAAAAAGUUAAUUUGUUAAUAAACAUAU